CCAGCACUCGUAAAGAAGACCGAUAUUGACGAAUCCAAUUUACGGGGUUGGAAACUUCAGUACUUUAGAAUAUCUUCGCAAAAAAAGAAAUAAACGGAUUCGUCAAAAUGGCAUCGCAAAAACUGUCGAUGGCGGUCAGAAGGUUCGGCACCAGUAACGUUACCUCUCAACUAGUGAAGCCCCCGGUACAAAUUUUCGGCAUCGAAGGGCGGUACGCCACCGCCCUUUACUCCGCCGCCAGCAAGCAAAAGACGCUGGAAGCGGUAGAAAAGGAUAUGAUUAAACUGCAAGACUCGCUGAAAACUGAUCCGAAAUGGCGUGAGUUCAUCGUCAAUCCAACUCUAAAGAGGCAGCUGAAAUCCGACGCUCUCAAGGCGGUAGCGAGCAAAGUCUCUUUGAAACCAGAGUCUGCAAAUUUGCUUCAAGUUUUAGCUGAGAAUGGGCGCCUCAAGAGCUUGGAUGGUGUCAUAAGCGCUUUCAAAACUAUCAUGGCAGCCCAUAGAGGCGAAGUUAUAUGCGAAGUGACCACCGCCAAAGAUUUGGACUCUGAGCAGAAGCAAAAGCUGCAGGGCGUUCUCAAAGGGUUCCUGAAAUCAGGGCAGUCAAUUGUGCUUACCACAAAAGUAGACCCGACCAUUAUUGGAGGAAUGGUGGUUUCAAUUGGAGACCGCUACGUGGACAUGUCAGUCGCCACUAAAAUUAAGAAAUAUUCCGAACUUAUUAGCGCUCCCGUUUAAACGCAACUUCAAUAAGAAAUCUAUUGUCUGUAAAGUAUAAUAAACUAGUUUACCAAGUAGAACCACUAAUUAUGUUUAUUAGGCUCUGUCAUAUGGUCAAUAUAGUGGUCCUACCGGAUGAUGAUG